CGCGCGCCGCCUCGGGCACCUCCCCCGGCCGCGCGGCGGAGGAGGCCGAGGUGCGGGUAGGGGCCGGGGGCGCGGCGGGAAAUGGCGGUCGGGCCGGGCUGAGCCGAACGGGCCACGCGGGAGGAGCCAUGAGGCUGCUGCGCGCCCUGCUGCGCUGCGCCUCCCCGGGCAGCAUCCCGCAGCAGGUGGACUUCUACUCGCGCUUCUCCCCCUCGCCGCUCUCCAUGAAGCAGUUCCUGGACUUCGGAUCUGAAAAUGCCUGUGAAAAGACUUCAUUUAUGUUUCUGCGACAAGAGCUGCCUGUAAGAUUAGCAAACAUAAUGAAGGAAAUAAGCCUGCUUCCAGACAAUCUUCUCAGAACACCUUCAGUUCAGCUGGUACAGAGUUGGUAUGUCCAAAGUCUUCAGGAGAUCCUUGACUUUAAAGACAAAAGUUCGGAAGAUUCAGGGGCUAUUCACAGUUUUACAGAUACUGUGAUAAAAAUACGCAAUCGACACAAUGAUGUAAUUCCUACUAUGGCUCAAGGAGUAAUAGAAUACAAGGAGAGCUUUGGCAUUGAUCCAGUGACCUCACAGAACGUGCAGUAUUUUUUAGACCGCUUCUACAUGAGUCGCAUUUCAAUUAGAAUGCUGCUUAAUCAACACUCUUUACUGUUUGGUGGAAAAAUUAAUCCAGCUCAUCCAAAACACAUUGGAAGCAUUGAUCCUAGCUGCAAUGUUGUUGGAGUUAUUAGAGACGGCUAUGAAAGUGCCAAGAGUCUUUGUGAUUUAUAUUACAUGAGCUCUCCGGAACUUGUCCUUGAAGAGUUGAAUAUUAAAUCACCAGGACAGCCCAUGCAAGUGGUGUAUGUACCUUCCCACCUCUAUCACAUGGUUUUCGAACUUUUCAAGAAUGCAAUGAGAGCCACCAUGGAACAUAAUGCUGAUCGAUGCAUUUAUCCUCCAAUUCAUGUACAUGUCACCUUGGGAAAUGAGGAUUUAACUGUUAAGAUGAGUGAUCGUGGUGGAGGUGUUCCUAUGAGGAAAAUUGACAGACUAUUCAACUACAUGUAUUCAACAGCACCACGUCCACGAGUUGAGACAUCUCGAGCUACACCUUUGGCUGGAUUUGGUUAUGGCUUGCCCAUAUCACGCCUGUAUGCACAAUACUUCCAAGGAGACCUGAAACUGUAUUCUUUAGAAGGUUAUGGCACAGAUGCAGUUAUUUACAUAAAGGCCUUAUCAACAGAAUCAGUGGAAAGACUCCCUGUCUAUAAUAAAUCAGCCUGGAAGCAUUAUAAAGCAAACCAUGAAGCAGAUGACUGGUGUGUGCCAAGCAGUGAGCCAAAGGACAUGACUACUUUUCGCAGUACAUAGCUUUUUGCUCAACAAUUCCUAAGGUGUAUGUAUGCCAUGUGAAGGGAAUUUAAAAGACCCUGGUUUAUAUCAAGACGCUGAGCCACAUUUGAUCUGUGAAAAUCAUUCUAAAGGGAAUAACAAAGCUUAAAUCUAUUACUUUCUUUCCUGGAAUUGAAGAAAACAGUAAUAAGCUGUUCAUACUUUUUACAAAGGUUGUGCUUAAUUUGUUCCACCUUCUAUUAAUGACUACUUUCUGUAGUUAAAUCAAGGGAGCAGUACUUUCAAGUUUUAUAGAGACCAAUAUAACCUAUUUCAUAUCUACUGAGAAAUGUAUUAGGUCACAUGAUUACGUCAUUUUUUUUAAUGGAACUAUUGAAAAAGCUUGCCAGAGUAUUUUUCCAUUAUGCAGUGUUAGAAGAUUAAUGAAACACUCAUUUAAUAAACACUAAGGAGCUUGUUGCUGUACCUUUGCACCUGUAUGGAGCUUUCUAUUUCUUGAUUUUAAGUAUGCUGAAGCCUAAUUUUGCAAAGUUGGAAAUGUUAGCUAUACACUAAACAUUUUUUUCACAGCUUUAGAAACCACACAUAGGUCUUUAGGAAUAAAUAAAAAAUAAAAUAAAUUACAAAAAACAAAUCAGUUCUAGCUGCUACCACUGGUAUAAUGCAUCUCAGGUAGGUGGUAUCGGUAAUAUUUCUUUGGUAGUAAUGUGAAUAUUUGAUGUGUGAUAAACUUACCUUUUCUUGAUCAUCGUGAAUUAGUAAGUGGUGUUUGCUUGUGUACAGUAAAGGCUUGCUGUCUUACAUUUGCUUAUAUUUCUAUAGGUAAUAUCAAACCACAGUAUCAGUGUUCUAGCCCUACUGAGAUCUCAGACUCUGGGGUAGGUCAGGUUACAGCUGUAAAUUAAAAAUAUUUUUUAAUAAACAUUUUUUAGAAUUUAUUGUUAGUAGGGAACCUCUAAUACUUGGAUAAUAGAAACUACUUUCUCAGGAGUGUUUUAAAAUAUGUGGAAUUAGCAAGUUUUGACAAUACCUUUGUAGUUGUGGUGGGCUUCUGGCUUCAUUUAUCUAGUAGCUUGAGGUCACGCUGUAAUGCGAAUAAGCUAAAUGGAAUAUGUUCAUCAGGCAACAGCAAACUGUCAGAACACUGGGGAUUGACCAAGCAUUACAUUUCAGGUACACAGUCCUGUAAGGGAUUCAGCUUCUCUUAAUGGCUAGUGUUCCAGCUUGUUGAAGUCAGACUCACCUGUGUUGUAUUUUUGUAUAAUUCCUGAGCAUUUUAGGAGUGAAACAGUUAAAGACCUUUAGAAUUAAGCCUUUUCCCUCAGGUAACUCAUUGCAUAUACUCUUGCAAUUUAGUCAUGCAGCAGACAUGCAUAAUUGCUCUCAGAAAGUGCGAGCCUAAAUUUUACUAGGUUACUGGCACUGUUCAGAGCACAAGGUGAGAUACCACAAGUGAAGGGCAUAGCUGGUACAUGAGAACGUGCAGUCACGCUGUUCUAGCUGUUGCUGAGCCAGGCUAAAGAUUAUCACCAGCUACUCCCUAGUGUCAAUGCAAAACAAUAAAAUGCUUUUAUACUCUUUUCAAGCUAACAUGUGUCACUUUAACAGGAGGAAGUUACAGAAUGGCUACAUAUGUAGUUAAACUAACACUCUGAGGGAGGAUUAAUUAAUCCUAACUAGAACAGUACAGUUAACUGCUCCACUCAAGCUUGGGGGCGCUUAAGUCCCUGUUUUAUUUUCUUACAAAGACAGUUCGUGACCGAAAUCUCUUUCAGUCUGCAUGGCUAAAGUGAGGGGAAGCUACAGCUGCUCUCUUCAACCCCAGAAGAUGAAUGUGAGAAAUUCUACAUAUUGUAAAAUGGGCCUUGUAUGAAAGUUAGAGGGAGUGUUUGCAGCUAUUAUUACAUUUGCUGAACUAAAGCUUAAAGUUACAACAACAGUUUUAAAAAUGGCUCUGAAGCUGAACAUUCUUCUAGCUCUCUUGCUGUUUUAAAUAUUUGAAUAACUAAAUUGAGCAAGCUUAGUAAUAUCUGGAAAUCAGAAGAAACAUUUCUGAAGAAAAACAAAGUCACUUUUUCGCUAUGAGGUUGUUUAAACAUUGGUAUUGAAUGGUGGUAUUGAAAUAAAAGCUCUCUCAUGCUCUCAGCUAGCUACCUAUUGAAUUCUGAUUAUUAGAAAGAUUUGCCCUGUAAUUAUACUUCUCUCUCCUUGCCCAACACCCCAAGUGAUCGUGGUAAAAAACACAAAUGUAGCAGUAUAGUGCUUUACAGCAUUUAACCCUACUCAUGACUUUGAUCUAUUAGUUUUGAUUUAAAUAGAAGUUCAGAAGGUAAUAUUUUUAAUGUUUUUCAUUGCUGUAACUGCAGUCAUCAUUAGCACAGUUUAUAGUGAAGUAGUAUACUAGCUCAGCUAUCAGAGUGCUGAGAUUAAUAGUUUUGUAUGAAAAUGAACUCAGUCUUGCACUGUAAAAUUAAUCUUCAUUUGUGUUAAUUUUUCUGAUUUAUUCAUUAAAAAUAUUUUUAAAAUUA